UCUUAAUAAACAACUUUUCCUCAUAUUAUCUUGAACUUUUCUGUAACAUAGAGAUCUCUGCCUCACAAGGGUAGUUAUCUCCCGAAAGAACUCGGACUGUAUGACUGCUACAUUGGGCUUUAUGCUCUACUUCAGUUGAUAUAAUCACACUACCCCGUCUUAGCAUUCUCCAUAAUGAACUAACUUAAUUUAGGCCUCCCUUCUACUCGAAUAUCAUGUUCCCUCCUUUUUUUUCUUCUUCUUUUGACAUGUUUUCAUUUUCUAGCUAAAGGUGACCUCAAAACUCACAGCAAUCCUCCCUUCUUUAUGCUGGGAUUGCCAACAAGUUGCCACCAUGCCCAGCUGUAAGCACUCUUAUUUCUAGACAUGUACCAUGGAUAAAGCCCUGGAAAGAACAUUUCUCUAACACAUAUGUAGACAUGUUUACCAGCCCAGUCAUAUUAAGAGAUUGUGAACUCUGAUUCCAGCUUUAUAAUUUUUAAAUUAAGGGUAGGCACUGUGUCUGUUCAUCUAGAGGUAGAUAAGACAUUGGAAGUUGUUGUAAUGUGGGAUGAUGUCACAGGAAGUGGACUAUUGUGGUGUUCAGUUGGAAAGGAGUACCAAACUCCUUUGAUAACAGCCUUGAGGCUGGCUGAUUUGACUAUAUAGAUGUCAUUGGUAAGAUGCUUAUAACCGCAUCCAAAGCCCUUUUCUUAAGAUUCAGGGGAAACAGCGUGCCUCUCACACGCUCUGUGGAGUGUUUAUUAGGCCAUUCUCCCUUCAAGAAGACCUCACCUUGGCGUUUUGGGAUAAUUCUAGGAACACUGUCUAAUUCCACAGUGAGAUAGUCAAGACAUCUGUGUUACUUCUGUCAGGUAUAUAUAUAAUUUCAGUGAGAAUUAGGGCCUGCAUAAUUGAUUUUCUUCACUAGUUAGAAGCCACAUAUGUAGAAGACCCCUCCCAAGAUGUUGGAUACAUUUUCUACUAAAAGUUACUUUUGAAUUAGCAAGAAAAAGAGAAAGUCUUCUUCUUCUUUUUGAAUUUGAUUGAAAAUCAAGGGCGUUUCCCAUUAGUUCUGACAUGCAGGAACAUUUGUCAAUAAAGGGUAAAAAGUCAGGUGGAAUCCAAGUUCCGGUGGGUCACCUGGUGUCAUAACCUGAGCGAUUCUGCAGAGAGCACACAUGCAAGUUUCUACUUUUUGGGGGAAAAGAAACACAAAUGCCCCUUCUCCAGGGGCGGGGGAGGCGCCUAGGGAUGCACCAAUCACAGCGCGCCCUGCUCUAUAUAAGGCCCCCCCCCAGGACCCCCUCUCUACUCCAGCGCUGUUCGCUCUCCUGUACUUUUUUUUAAUUGGGUGUAGUUCUUGACCAGCUCUUGACUAUGUCGGAAACGGCUCCUGCAGCCUCAAGUACUCUUGUUCCAGCUCCUGUAGAGAAACCUGCAACUAAAAGGCGAGGGAAGAAGCCUGGCAUGGCCACUGCUCGCAAACCUCGGGGUUUCUCUGUUUCCAAGUUGAUUCCUGAGGCCCUUUCCAUGUCUCAGGAACGGGCAGGAAUGUCCCUUGCUGCCCUGAAGAAAGCCCUGGCAGCGGCUGGCUAUGACGUGGAGAAGAACAACAGUCGUAUCAAGCUGGCCCUCAAGAGACUUGUGAAUAAGGGAGUCCUGGUGCAGACCAAGGGCACCGGAGCCUCAGGCUCCUUCAAGCUUAGCAAGAAGGCAGCUUCAGGGAACGACAAGGGCAAGGGCAAGAAAUCUGCUUCUGCCAAGGCUAAGAAACUGGGCUUGUCCAGGGCCUCGAGAUCCCCCAAGAGUAGUAAGACCAAGGUUGUCAAGAAGCCAAAAGCUACGCCCACAAAGGGUUCUGGGAGCAGAAGGAAGACCAAAGGGGCCAAGGGCUUGCAACAGCGCAAAAGCCCCGCCAAAGCGAGGGCAACCAACUCCAACUCUGGGAAGUCAAAGAUGGUCAUGCAGAAGACCGACCUAAGGAAGGCAGCAGGAAGAAAGUGAGUUUCAAAGCCAGUUUUCAAAAACCCAAAGGCUCUUUUAAGAGCCACUUACAUACUUCUUAAAAUGGCCAAACACUGAGCAAAAGUUAGAGGUGGGCAGUCACUUAGGUCGACCUGCUGUUUAAACCCUAGACUGGAAACCUAGGAGGUCCCUAUGUGUAGUUUAUUUGGUUGUGGCUUUACAUUAGAGUAAAGGUCACCAUUGUAACAUAAUGUCUUUCAUUCUAGAAUAAAGAUUA